GCAGAAGCAAGACCACCCACCGACCUUCACUCCCCUCCUGCAGUCUCACCGCCUCUACUUUAAGGGGGAGAGAGGUAGAGGUGGAGAUUAGAAAGAGGAAGCAGCAUGCAGCAAAUAAGUUUAACCUCGUCUUCAGCACUUCUCUGUUUUUCAAUCAAAUGAUGACCAGCUCAGAGGAACUUUUCCGAUUAGGACUGCCUGCGACUGGAAGAUGAAUAAAGGUGUGAUGAUUGUUUCCAUCAUGAGGCCUGAAAACUGCUGGACUCUACUGCAUGUGUCCAUCUUGGCAGCACUGCUCAUCACCGUAAAUGCUGACGGUAAGUUUUCCUUUCGCAUUUUGUGCAGUCUCAGUAUUUAUCUAGUGUUUCUUUUCCUUCCUUUAUGGGUCUGUGAUGUCUGAAAUCAGGGAUUUUUACAAAGAGGUCAGCUUUUCAUUUCUCUGGUAAGCGCUGACGGUCUGAUAUCCGUGGUCUUUUUAAAAUGCAACAACAGAGAUGGCUAAAAAAGUUUAAAUAAAUAGUAGAUACAGCCAAGUGAUGUAGUUUUAAAAUUACAAAGCUGAUGAGAAGGCAUCCUCGAAAACCAAUGGAUAGGAGGAAUUCUGUGCAGAAGUAUCACCAGAAGAUCUAACAUAAGUGAAACUUGAAAGUGACCGUGACAUUUACACCAUGAAUAUCUCUAAAACUGACAUUAUCUGAUGCUGACAAGAUAGUUUCACUGAAUAUCUUCCAUUAGGGGUGUUUCUGUGUGUGUGGGGGAUUACAUGGAAAGUAUUAGAUUUUACUGUAAAACGAAGAGGCUUUAAAAACAAGACAGUUUUAUCUCUCAAGAUCUGAUCAUUGACUCUUUCCAUCGUCUACUUACUCAGUGAUCCUGUAGCUGAAUUAAGACUACAACUGGGUAGUUUCUUAUCAUCUUAAAUAAAUGACAGCUGAUGUGUUUCCUUAGUCCUGAACGACAGAAAUAGCCUCACGUAUGACCUAAUUUUAUCUAGAUGACCACAGUGCCUUUCCUGUGAUCGUCUAAUCUGUGGUUUCCUUGUGAUGCUAAAAUCUUGUUGUGGUCUGAGGGUAAAAAAGUGUCAUUUAAUGACGACUUUUAAUGUGGCAGAUUGAUUCUUGUGACACUGAGGUGAUUAUUUUGCUUUUUCAUAGCUGCUUGUGUCACUUAUUUAAAUAACUGGGCACGUCAUUGCGGUUGUUUAGUUUGCAUUUGUGCCACUGUAUCCUUCCUCUUUCCAUCUUGUCCAGUUGUUUGCAUCUGUAGUUGUUUGAGCUUAAAUCUCACUCAAAGUAUACCCCAUGCUUUGUGUCUCUGUAGUUUUAAGUAGGUUUGAUAGAAGACUCUGUUUUCAGGCUUACUUGUGUCUCUUUGUAUUUGUUGGUAUUUUUGUCUUAUUUUCUACAUCUUCAAUCAUAAAGAUCAUCUUAUUGAGAUAAAGGUUUUAUUUUCGAAAGACGCUGUCAAGUCAUCUUGUGACUCAAAAAGACAUCAGUCUCAGUAGUUGUUUUCUCACUCUCUGUAGUCUUUUACUUCCUUUUGUGUGUUUUUCUUUUUCUUUUUCUUUUUUCUUGGCCAUCACAGCUUUUUUUUCUUUUUUUUUGCUUUCGUUUUGCUAUAUCAUGAUGGUUCAUUUAGUUACUUAGCCACUUAGGCAUGGAUUACAACAGUAGAGCGAAUACUAAUCCAGCAAUGAAAUUACCAGUGAGAAACGGGAAAUAAAACUUCAUAAUCAAACUGAAAAAUGUCAUCACAUGGCUGUGUUGUUUUACUUCUGUAAAAAGGUGUAUCAUUUCCGAACUGAAAGACCGGGGUCACCUUUUCACUGCUCUCUGGAAGAUUACAUUUUAGCAGAAACAUUUUUUUUCCAAAAAAGCUGAAUGAGAUCUUUCAAUUCAAUUUUAAAAUUCACUGUUAACAUAUGUUAAAUCUUAUAAAAGGUCUUAGGCAACAGUGAGUUCAUAUGUGUGGGUUCAAAGUUCCCCUAAAACACCUCUUAAGGCAGGGUCUCUCAGUUCUUUUAAUGGCUGGAUUUCAUGCAAAUGCUGUUUCCAUUCAUCUCAUUAUAAAAAGUGACACUUUUUGGCACUGUGGUUUCAUGCGUACGUGUCUUUUAAGGUUAUAGUGUUACUUUCACUAUCUUCUUUUCGGUGACUGGUGAACUGAGAGGGGGCAUUAUUACCUGCUAUAGCAGAGGAAGACAAACUUUAGCAAAUGUAUCCAUUUUUUUUGUUUUUUUAAACCGUUACAAAGACAGUAGUCCAAUCAAAUCAUCUAUUCAGUUUUUUUUUGCCAAUGAAUUUAAAACCCUGCUUAAAAUACAUGUAGUAAAAAGCUUUAAAAAAAAAGCAACUGUUUGGGAUGUAAUAAAUUCCAUGAUUUUGGUUCAUUAUCUGCUUAUUUUGGCCUAACUGUUUUUAAAUGGCGCUCAGUGUAGUAGCCAAAAGGUCAUUUUAUUCUUAACCUUUGGAAACCUGCAGAAAUCCCGAGAAAACACACUGAUGUUAAUAAUAAUAAUAAUAAUACAUUUUAUUUGUUAAGCGCUUUUCAAAGACUCAAAGACGCAGUACAUAGCUAAAAUCAUAUAUCAGUAUACAAUAAAAAUGCAUCAAUAUACAAUAAAAUACAUCAAUAUCAAUUAAAAUCAAGUAAAAUCAGGUAAAAUCAACAAUCAAGGGGGGGGGGGGCUAAGGAAGAUGAAAAGCAGUGCGGAAAAGGUGAGUUUUGAGCUGGGUUUUGAAUUUGGUAAGGUUGGAGCAAUUUCUGAGGUCCAGUGGGAGUGAGUUCCAUAGGGUGGGGGCAGAGACUGAGAAGGCUCUGUCCCCCCAGGUUCGGUGCUUGGUCGAGGGUACUGUGAGGAGGUUGGCAUCAGCAGAGCGGAGGGUGCGGGGGGGAUGUAGGGGUGGAGAAGAUCUUGCAGGUGGGGGGGCCUGGUUGUGGAGUGCUUUGUGGGUGAGAAGGAGGAUUUUGUACUGAAUGCGAUGGGGGAUGGGGAGCCAGUGUAGGUUCUGGAGGACGGGGGUGAUGUGUUGGUGGGAGCGUGUAUGGGUGAGGAGGCGGGCGGCAGAGUUCUGGAUGAGCUGAAGUUUAUUGAGGAGAGUGGAGGUAGUGCCGUGGAGGAGACUGUUGCAGUAGUCUAGACGGGAUGAGAUGAAUGCAUGUAUAAGGGUUUCGGCUGCAGAGUAGGAGAGGGAGGGGCGGAGGCGGGCAAUGUUUUUGAGGUGGUAGUAGGCUGUUUUGGAGAUGUGCUUGAUAUGUUGUGUGAAGGUGAGGUUGCUGUCAAAGAGAAUUCCAAGGUUGCGACAGUGGGGGGAGGGGGAGAGGGUAGUGUUGUUAAUGGAGAGCUGAAAGUCUGUGACUGUGGAGGUGAGGGAUUUUGGGCCAAUGAUGAUGAGAUCUGUUUUGUUGUAGUUGAGCUUUAAAAGGUUGGUGUCCAUCCAGUUUUUAACAUCGGUGAGGCAGUUUGAGAGGGAGCGUUGGGUCUGGGGGGUGAUGGAGGUGGAAGAGAUAUAUAAUUGAAUGUCGUCAGCAUAGCAGUGGAAAUGGAGAUUGUGUUGACGGAGGAUGUGGCCGAGAGGGAGGAGGUAGAUGAUAAAGAGGAGAGGACCAAGCACCGAACCCUGGGGGACACCUUGGGACACGGGGGCAGUUUUGGAGGAGCAGUUGUUGAUGUGGAUGAAGUGAUUCCGGUUUGUGAGAUAUGACUGGAUCCAGUUGAGGGCAGUGUCUGUGAUGUUGAGGAGGGAGUGUAGGCGGGACAGGAGGAUGGCGUGGUCAAUGGUGUCAAAAGCUGCGGAGAGAUCGAGGAGGAUGAGGAUGGAGAGUUGGCCGGAGUCAGCAGAUAUGAGAAGGUCGUUUGUGACUUUUAUGAGGGCAGUUUCGGUGCUGUGGUGGGUGCGGAAUCCUGAUUGAAACAGUUCAUAGAGAUUGUUAUUGUUGAGGUGGGCUUUGAUCUGUGAUGCAAUGACUCGUUCCAGGAUUUUCGACAGGAAAGGGAGGUUGGAGAUGGGCCGGAAGUUAUUGAUAUCGUCGGGGUUGAGUCCAGGUUUUUUAAGGAUGGGGGUGACAGCAGCCAGUUUGAGUGAGGGUGGAACAGUGGCAGAGUUGAGGGAGGAGUUGAUGAUUUGUGUAAUGAUGGGAGAGAUGACGGGGAGGCAGUGCUUGAUGAGGGAGGAUGGGAUGGGAUCUAGGAUGCAGGUGGAUGAUGACAUGGAGCGGAUAAUGUUGGUCACGUUGGUCACGUCGUUUGUUAAAGCGUAAAUACAUAUAUUUAUUUUUCCGUAUUUUUCUUUUGCGAUAUUUGCCUUUUAUUGACAAUACAGAGUGUAAUGUGGGGAGAUAGGGAGAGAGGGGGGAGGGCAUGCAGCACAUAGUUAGGGCCAGAUUCGAGCCAGCGACCACUGCGGGGACUGUGGUCCCAAUGUAUGGGGUGCGCUAACCCACUUGGCGUGCUAACCCACUCGGCCAUCUGAAAAACCCCAGAAAGUGUAAAUAUUUCAUACUAUUUGGUAUAAAUACAACAACUUUAUGACGGUAAAUCUAUGACUUUUUUCUUGCAGGUGAAGAUGAAUGUGAAUUUUACAUUAAAGUGCCACGCAACACGUAUGAAGCCUCUCUUGGGGAUGAACUGAGGAUUAGCUGCACCGUUAAAUUUUGCGAUGACUCUCCACCACCAGUCUCCUGGUUCAAACUUGGGCAGGAUGAUGUCUUUAUCCCCAUAAAUGACAGCAGCCAUCGCUUGAAAGAAGAGUGGCAGAUGUUGAACAAUUUAGAAGGAGUUUCAUUUCUGAUUUUUCCAAAAUUUUUUUCAAACGACUCUGGUGAUUAUCGUUGUGAGAGUGAAAGUAAAAUUGGAAAUCGCAUCAACGUCAACGUCACAGGUGAGAUGAACUUUACCCUGGUUAUACACAUCAUUGUCAGGUUUAACCAAAAGGGUCAUGAAGACUAAAGUUUAUACUGUGUUUUAGAUUAUGGUGGGCCUAAGAGUACAACAGCAAUGAAUAUCAUAAGUAAGACAAGUUUGUGUCAUUUUUUAUUUCCGUCUAAACUGCCUUUACUGGUGAGGUUUAAAGAAAUGACACAGUCAUAUUGAGUCAAACUUCCUCUUUGUCCACAGAUAGCACAACUUCAAGUCCUCCAUUCCCAAAAGAUCUGAUGAUGUAUGUGUACCCUGCUGCUGGUAUCGUGGGGUUCGUCAUCAUCGUGAUUAUUAUAUCUGUCGCAUCAAUGCAAGGGUGUAAAGGUAACAUGUUAAGUUUUUUUAUUCAUGAUUUAAUAAGUUUGUCACGUUAACUGUGCUGUAGUAAUACAACCGAAAUGUCAUCAUGCAGGAAAAUCUAAGAGGACACAAGAGGAAAAUCAGGUAAGACUUGGAAUCACAAAAAAAUGACAUCUUAACACCUUAAUCGUAGCUGAAAGUUAAAUUCCUUUUAUUGGAUCUUUGCAGUAUGUGGCGAUCCCCAUGAGUGAGCAACCCUCCCAAAGCACCACCGCCCAACCCUCGCCAAGAGGAAACCCCCAUAUUCCGCCAUCUCAGAGGUCAACCCGUCGGCCGAAAGCGCCACCACAGCUCAGUGAGUCGCCGGUAGUGAGUGACAACGAGUGUGUUUACAGCUUCGUUAAAGACGGCAGACAGCGACAGACGAAAACAGCGGAGGAGGGUUCUCUUGUGUACGCCGCCCUCAACCAUCAGCUACCAGCGAGGGUUCCUGCGAGACCGCGAAGGCCAAAGGAGGAAAGUUCGGAGUACGCUGCCAUUCGUGUAAGGGACUCCAACUGCUCUUAGACACUAGAGGACCACUGACGAACUCUCUCGUAGAGAUUUGUAAAGAAGACUUUGGACAGACAGCCGAAGUUUGUACGCGUUUGGAAAAUCGACUCUAUUUUUAUACAUUAAUGCAACACAAUUCAUACCAAUCUACCUGAGACUCCUACGACUUUCACUGUAAACCCUUCUGCCUCUGUGUUUACACAUGACCUCUCUCUCUCAGGAAACCAACAUGACUCUGAGAAUCUGCUUACUUUGUCCACUUUCUGUAAAAUACAAACCAAUCAACCCAAUCCUCCAAGAUACAAGGAGGAAAACUAGACUGAAUCAUCAUGGAGAUCGGAGGUUUCUUAUCAAUCUAGAUCUGGUUUCACUUUUGGAUCUGCUCUGGGUUUGAUGUUUUGUUUUCACACUCAUGCCACAUGUUAAAACUGUGAUUUUACGCUGUUUUAUUUGCAAGACUUGAAUUUAACGAUGAGUAACAUCAGAUCUGUUUACAGUUAUGAUUCUAUGAGCUUACGUAUCAACCUUUGAUUCAUUUUACGACUGAAGAAUGACUAAACAGCUCCUGUAAUUUUAUGUGUUACUGUUUUACUCAGAUAAGGAGAAUGUACUGAUCAUUUUUAUUUUGUGCAAUCAGAUAUUACAAUGUACCUGCUUGGUUUUAGUUAAGAAUAUAAGACAAGAUCAUCGCUGACUUGCUUUUUUAAUUUGUUUACUCGAACACAACCCAACACCGAGGACGUUAUUAAGCCGUAUUUAUCUCGCAGCCCUCAAGUUUUUGAUGAUCUGAGGUCAAACAAAAAGGUGUCAUUGAUGUCCUUG